AUGCACCAGUUAGUUGAGCAGUUCUUGAAGUUGAAACCUCCGAAGUUCGAUGGUAAAGGCGAUCCCGAGAUUGCAUCGCUUUGGGUGGAAGAAUUAGAAAAGGCCUUUGAGGUACUAGAGUGCACCGAGGAGGAGAAUGUGACCCUAGCAGUAUACCAGAUACAAGGAAAUGCAAAUGAUUGGUGGAAAACCACAAGAGGAAGAGUGUUCCCUGCUGGUACCGCUCAGAUUUGGAUUGUGUUUGUUGAGGCCUUCAAAGGCAAGUACUUCCCCGAGAGUGCACGAGAACGAAAGUUGGCUGAAUUUAUGAGGUUCCAUCAAGGACAGAUGACAGUGGACCUGUAUGAAGCUGAGUUGGCUAGGUUAUCUAAGUUUGCCCCAAAAAUGGUGAAGGACCCAUUGUAUAGGGCUCGGAGGUUCCGAGAUAGAUUGAAGCCGGACGUCCAUAGUAAGAUGAUAUCGCUGAAUCUGAGGGACUAUAAUGAGAUUUAUGAACGGGCCUAA